ACAUUGCACUGUGCCAAGAGUACAUUGUUGUCUUAACUGGGGACAACCAAUUUGAAGCUAGGGGUUUUUCUGGGAACAACCAGUUCUGCAUUGACAUGAAUGGCCAAACAUGCUCUUGUAGAAGAUGGGAGUUGACAGGGAAUCAAAACAGAAAGUUCAAGGCAUUGUGCAUGACUACUACCAGAAGCAAGCAUACACCAACACCUACAAGCAUGUGAUAUACCCCAUGAAUGAAAUGGAUAGGUGGGAGAAGACAGAUAAACCGCCAAUUCAGCCACCACAUUACACUAGAAAGUCUGGGAGACCCAAGAAAUGCAGGAGGAGGGAAGCAGAUGAGCCACCUGCUCAAAGUGAAGAUGGAACCAAGAAAAUGAGGAGGUAUCUUAAGAAAUUGAGUUGUAGAAGAUGUGGGGAAAAAGGGCACAAUGUGAGGACUUGCCCAUCUGGUAAAAAGGGAGGUGCAACCAAAGAAAAGCAAUGUGAAGAUGGAACCAAAGAAAAGCAAUGCAGUCAGGUAAUCACACAACCAACAUUCAGUCAGCCAUCACAGCCCACACCCACAAUCACAAGAGGUCCGAAGGCCCCAACUAAAAGGGGAGGUUUCCGUUAAGUUUCUAUCUUUAAAUGUCUUUAUCUAAGUUUAAGACCAAAUUUUAUCUACUAUUAUGGUGUUUUGUAUUGCCCUGGCUUUUGGUGCCUUGUUUGGCAUGGUUAUUGAUGGUUCUUUUGCUUUUGUGAUGGCUAUUGAUGCCUUUUUUGGCUUGU